AUGAACAUCGCUCAGGAGCUGCUAAAUGACGUCAACGACGAUCCAAGUUUACUUGAAAGGGUCAUAACUGGUGAUGAAAGAUGGGUGUACGGUUAUGAUGUCAACAGUGUCAUUGUAAUGGACAAUGCUCCAUAUCAUUCUGUGAAGAAAGAAAAAAUUCCAAACACAAAUUCCAGAAAAGCAGACAUUAUAAAAUGGUUAGAGGAAAAAGGCCAGGUAAUUGAUCGACCUAUGGUGAUCCCUGAAUUACUCGACAUUGUAAAACAAAUAAAACCACAAUUUGAUAAGUAUGUAAUUGACGAUCUGGUCGAAACACACAACCGGAGAAUUUUAAGACUUCCUCCAUAUCAUUGUGAGUUGAAUCCAAUAGAACUGGCAUGGGCUUCCGUGAAAGAUCACGUAAAAAAGAACAACACCAGCUAUAAAUUAUGUGACGUCAAAACACUAUUAAUGGAAGGUAUAAAGCGAGUAAAUGAGAAUGAUAUGUGGAAAAAUUUCAUAAGACAUACGACAGAAGAGGAAAAAAAAUUCAAUAAGAUCGAUUUUAUUGUAGACAAUAUGUUAACGGCAGAAACAGAACGCGUAACAAUGACAUUAGGUGAUACGUCUUCGGAUUCUGAAUUAUCUGAUUAG